UUCGUUUUUGCAACAUUAUAACAUGCCGAGAUUAUGUGCAUUAAAAUGUCCACCCUUGGGUAUCCCCAUGCAUCGAUUCCCCAAUCCUGAGAAGUAUCUGGAGAGAUUUAAAAGUUGGGUCACUAUUGCUGGUGGAAAUCCAGAAAGUGUUUCAGACUAUGAAUACUUCCAAAAGCAGAGACUGUGUGACAGGCAUUUCACCGAUAAAGAUCGACUCAGAUUUAAUCGAUUGAAUGCCCUAGCUGUCCCAUCACUACAUCUUACUGGCUUUACUCCAGCGGCUCCUGCCAUGGAAGCAGAAGCAUCAACAUCCCAAUCAAUGGAUAUAGGUAACACGAAUUCUUUAUUUAAAGUUGCUGAGCAAAUACUAAGUUUUAAUAAAUCCUCAGAUCGAAUCUUAGUUUUUGCUACCUACAGCUUUAUGAUAACUGCACAGAAUAUUUAG